GAACAACCAAUUUCGCGGGCAUUGUCGACCGUUAUAACCACGUCGACAACUCGCGUUUCAUAAACAAACAGCAAAUCUUAACAUGGCUUCUACCGAACAAUUGCAGGAUGUCCAGGCGGAGGAGAUUGAGUCCAACUGGGACCAGGUCGUCGACAAUUUCGACAACAUGGAACUCAAGCCUGAGCUUCUGCGUGGUGUCUACGCCUAUGGUUUCGAGCGCCCCUCUGCCAUCCAGCAGCGUGCCAUCGUCCCCGUGAUCAAGGGUCACGAUGUUAUUGCACAGGCACAGUCGGGUACCGGAAAGACGGCGACCUUCAGCAUUUCCAUCCUGCAGCGACUGGAUCUGUCGGUCAAGGCCACCCAGGCGCUCAUCCUUGCCCCUACGCGAGAGCUUGCCCAGCAGAUUCAGAAGGUCGUCAUUGCCCUUGGUGACUACAUGAACAUCGAAUGCCACGCUUGCAUCGGGGGCACAAACGUGCGCGAGGAUAUGGGGAAGCUGCAGGAAGGUGUACAUGUCGUGGUCGGAACCCCCGGCCGUGUCUACGACAUGAUCAACCGCCGCGCGCUCAGGACCGACAAUAUUAGGAUCUUUUGCCUUGACGAGGCUGAUGAGAUGCUUGCCCGUGGUUUCCGGGAGCAGAUCUACGAGGUCUUCCAGCUUCUUCCUCAGGAAACCCAGGUGGUCCUACUCUCCGCGACGAUGCCAUCCGACGUGCUCGAGGUGACCAAGAAGUUCAUGCGUGACCCCGUGCGCAUCCUCGUCAAGCGCGAUGAACUUACCCUGGAAGGUAUCAAGCAGUUCUACAUCGCCGUCGAGAAGGAGGAGUGGAAGCUUGACACACUGUGCGAUCUGUACGAGACCGUGACGAUCACGCAAGCCGUCAUCUUCUGCAACACCCGGCGCAAGGUUGACUGGCUGACCGAGCAGCUCCACAAGCGCGAGUUCACCGUCAGUGCCAUGCAUGGUGACAUGGAGCAGAAGCAGCGCGAGGUGCUCAUGAAGGAGUUCCGUUCCGGCUCUUCCCGUGUGCUCAUCACCACCGAUCUCCUCGCCCGUGGUAUCGAUGUCCAGCAGGUCUCACUCGUCAUCAACUACGAUCUCCCCACCAAUCGCGAGAACUACAUCCAUCGGAUUGGUCGUGGUGGCCGUUUCGGCCGCAAGGGUGUUGCGAUCAACUUCGUCACCACUGAGGAUGUGCGCAUGCUCCGCGACAUCGAGCAGUUCUAUAACACCCAGAUCGACGAGAUGCCAUUGAACGUCGCCGACCUCAUCUGAGCGCCUCGUUGCUACAUCCUUCUGCCUACCCGCCCGACCGCCCAAAAGUACCCGUUUCGGCCGACUCGGAACUCGAUCGACCGAUAGCCCGCACUCCUUCUACUGUCUCAUCGUCUCACUCACACUCGUAUUCCGCCCUUGCCGUAUCCCUCGCCCCGUCCAUUCUCAGCCUGCGCAAAACCCCGACGGCAUCGCUGCUCUCCGACAUCUGCUCUGCUCUGACCUACUUUGGUUCUCCCAUCCUGUGUUUCUCCUCGCACCGCUGACGUAACAAGACGUGACGUAUGAUACUGCAACGAAUGUUGACGAAUGUGAUUUUCUCUUUUCCAUUCCAUUUACUCUCCUUCGCCCCUUUCUGCUGUUUGUGUUCAUCUGCAAGUACC